AUGGGGAAGGGUCGCAACAACAAGGCCGGCAAGAAGACGGUCGACAAUGGACAGGAGAAGGAGUUGGCUGACGUACCUGACGUACCUGUGAAAGCGCCGUCUUCCUCAACGUCACCUGCUGUGCUUGGACCCUUCGACGACUUGUCGGACCUGCAGAAUAAGGCUGACCACACCAACGGACCAGGCGGGGAAGAUGCUGACGGUGUUGACCGCAACGCCGUUACGGAUCACGCGGCUGCCGAUGAAGAGGCUGAUGCGGAUGCUGACGCGCAGGAGGACGAAGAAGCUUCGUCGGAUCGGGCUCUUGAUGAUGUUGAUGAUGGUUACCUGAGCGACGACUCUGAUGAGCACCUGGAACCGGUCUCGCUCGGCAGUAUCAUUGCUUUGAAAAGAUUUUCACUAACCUUGCUGGUGCCGAUUCUCAGGAAGGCUGAAGUCAAGCGAGCUGCUGUAACAGUGGCUGCCUUACUGGAUGACUGGAAGGAGCAGCUGUCACCAGAGAUCAUCAGUCAUGAGUGUGUGAACGGCGACAUCAUCGACCUUACCUGGCAACAUCCUGAAGACCCGCGCUUCCUUCGUGAGCGCCUGCUGAAUCCGACGGCGAAAGAAGUUGUGGUCAAAGGGGUGCCUGCUGAGAUCACUGCUGAGCUAAUUCCUCACUUGCUGGUGGUGUCGAAGCUGGUUAAGCGCGGCAGGAGCGCGUUCGCCAGUGGCUUCGGUUUCCACCGUACUGUCGACCCGGUCACUGGACUGGAGACUGACCGCAUUCGAGGCUUGAUCGUCCCCCACGCUGGAGUUGUACUCACCUCCACGGGGGGUGUGCGGGAGGAGUGGGUGUGCGUACAGACCGUGUGCGAGAAGGCGCAAGGGAAUCAUUUCGAACAGGCGGCAGCCUAUGUUGCUUCUGCCAGGCACAAGGGAGGGCUGAAGAAAGACGGUGCUGCAACACGUGCCAGCAAACACUCUCAGAAGAUGGCUGCUUUCAAGAGGGAGUUCAUGGCCGUGCCAGCAAAGAAGUGA